GUGGAAGGAGCAGUUAUGUCCUAUGCUGUGACACAAAAUCCAGAUUUUACCCCAAGGAACCGUUCUGCACCGCAUGCUCCUAACCGCUUCGCGAAGAACUCCGGCUGUGCGACUAGCGUCAGGCGACACCGCCAGCGUCGGGCCCACACCCGGAAGACUCGUCCCCAGCCGCGCGGUGCGGAGCCCGGGGGCGCCCUCUCCCACCCGCGCCGCGGGGACAGACCGGCCGGCCCCCCGCGGGCUCCCUUCGGCCCGAGGGCUCCGGGGUCACGGCCCAGGCGGCGCGGGCGCGGGCCCGGGCGCCGCUUCCCCUCAGCGCGGGCGGCCCCGCCCCCUAGCGAGGCCCCGGCGCCCCCGCCGGCCCGCGGCCCUGCAGCGCCGGGGGGAGGGGCCGGCCCGCGCGGGGCGGGGCGGGGCCGGGCCGGGCCACACGCGGCGCGCGGCCCCGGCGGCCACCCCUCCGCCCUUGCCGCCAACAUGGCCGCCGCCGCCGCGGCCGUGAAGAUCGGAAUUAUUGGUGGAACCGGGCUGGAUGAUCCGGAUAUCUUAGAAGGAAGAACAGAAAAAUAUGUUGAUACUCCUUAUGGCAAGCCAUCGGAUGCUUUGAUAUUGGGAAAGAUAAAAAAUGUGGACUGUGUGCUAUUGGCAAGACAUGGAAGGCAUCAUACAAUUAUGCCAUCGAACAUCAAUUACCGUGCCAAUAUAUGGGCAUUAAAAGAAGAAAAUUGUUCACAUGUAUUGGUGACUACUGCCUGUGGUUCAUUACGAGAGGAAAUACAACCCGGUGAUCUUGUUAUAAUUGACCAGUUCAUUGACAAGACAACUAAAAGACACUGUACUUUAUACGAUGGGCAGCAUUCCACUCUUUCAGGAGUAUGUCAUAUUCCAAUGGCAGAGCCGUUCUGCACCAAAACCAGAGAGGUUCUUAUUGAGACUGCCAAGAAGCUGGGGCUCCAGUGUCAUUCCAAGGGGACAAUGAUCACAAUCGAAGGCCCACGUUUCAGUUCUCGAGCAGAAAGCUUGAUGUUUCGCAGCUGGGGAGCUGAUGUUAUCAACAUGACCACAGUGCCUGAAGUGAUUCUUGCGAAAGAAGCUGGAAUGAGUUAUGCUAGUAUUGCCAUGGCAACAGAUUACGACUGCUGGAAGGAACAUGAAGAAGCAGUUUCAGUGGAUAAAGUUUUAAAGACGCUGAAAGGGAAUGCAAAUAAGGCUACUAGUAUACUCCUUACUGCUAUACCUCAGAUAGGUUCCAUGGAAUGGACUGACACCCUGCACACCCUGAAACUGCUUCCAAGAGUACAAGAGUGUGAAGCACAAGAGCAACUGAGGAUUACAUUGAGGCAGCAUGGGAGACAGGAAAAGAGAAUUGGAAUGUGAAAGACAGAGGGCAGACACAGGUGGACCACAAGGAUCUCAGUGGAAGCAGCAGCAGUCUGAAAAGGAGGAAGCUUGUUGAAGAAAAUUAUCAGCAAUCUCUGGUAACGCUCUCCUCUCUUAGGUUCUUUCGUUCUCUUUUCUGAAAAUCACUGUGUUGACUGAAAUUGGAAUGGCUAAGAAAGAUGAACACAAACAUGUCAGGUCUUCAUAUACCUGAAAAUGUGUCCCUGAAAUUCAGCUAUCAGCAGAACUGUACAUACUGUAAAAAUCUUCCAUGUCUUCUGACUGGGAUCAAAUUCUCAGGUUUGUUUCCAGUCUGGUUCUCUUGCCACCUCUAGUCAGGUUCCUAAAGGAAAGACAUUUUAAGGAAAAUUUACCCUAGAUACUUGCAAGCAUACUUCACCAGGUCAGGUUUGUGGAGGUUCUCCCUGGAAUGAGUCUUUUGCUGAUUCUUCACUAGAAAACCUACUUUUUAUUAGGAGGCCUUGGAUUGUGUUUAUGAUUAUUCCUUAGCUGAUUAUCUGAAACAGCUAUUAUAAUGUCCCCUCUAUCCCUCUAUACAUUUGUGAGAGGUAACUGACUUUUCCCUUGCCCCUUUGCAGUCUUUAGGCAGUUGAGUCAUUCAUGAAUAAGGGAGACAACAGAAUGAGUAUUCCUUCUCCCAUGUAAUACACAGAAAAUAUUUUCAGAGGACUGGACCACACUUUUUGUUUAAUACAGAUGACUAGCUAUACAAAAAAACGGUCAGAGUAUGAACAAAAUGUGCUAGAUAUUCCUCAGCUACCUUGAACGUGCUGGUAGGCAAGGAAAUUUCCCAAGUAUGCUUAAGUACUGAGGGAUCUGCCUGCAGUUCUGCCAGGUGUACUUCAGUAAGCAGUGUCCUGUUGCUUUCCUUUGCAUGAUUGUCUUGAUUCUUCAUUGGGAGUGAAAUAGCCAGUGGAUGGAAAGAGCUGGCACUGAGUUUGUAAGUUUCCCCCUUAAUGAGUGCUAACCCUUCUUUCAGUUCUUUGUCAGCUGUUUAAAACACCGAUUCAAGUGCUUCCUCCAGCUCAGUCCCUGAAGUACUGUUUGCCGAAAGCAGAAAAAAGAAAGUCCAUUUUAAUGUAGCUUCUUAAACUCUUUCUCUUAAGCAUCUGCUAUUGCCUGUUAUCAGUGAUGAAUAUUAAGAUAGUUUCACUCAGCCUUGGCAAUUCUUACAUCUGUCCUCUUUGAUGAUAGUCACUUGAUCUGAGUGAUGAUAUACUGAGAAAGGGAGUUGAUCUGAAGGUAUUAGAACUGGAAAUAGGAACUAGGCAUUGGUAGUGGGGACUGGGAUUUUGUGUCAGGAGAGUAGGACUCACAGUUGUUUCUGAUUCAAUGCAAUCAAGUACUCCGGAAAAGUGACUGAAAAGUCUGAUACUUUGGAGGCUUUCUCUGAUUUUACUUAGGAAGGGCAGGAAAGGCUAAAAAUCUGUUUUGUGGCAUGAAAUGGUAGUAAAGCAGGUGAAGGAUUGGUCCUAGGCUUCUGUGUUAAUGAAUAAGGAGAGAGGCGCUUUUGCAGUACAGCGAGGAGAUGUGCCUCUGUAUGAGUGUGUAGUUGAACCAUAAAGAGUUUUUUAAAACUAUUCCCUUUGUAGAUGUGAAGUGUUCUGUGUAUUUUACUCCAGGAUUUUUGAAGGUCAGAUGAAAACUGAAUGUUUUUUUUUAACUGAUCUCUUUUGGAGGCACCUUUUCUUUGAGCUUGAAAGCAGUGCCUCUUGUGUGCCCUGUGGUAACAUGGUAAGGAGCACAGUCAAGGAGCAAGACUGCAGCUGGUACUCUGCUAUCAGUGACAAUGUAAAGCCACGCCAGCCUUUAUCCAGGCCACAGCUGGGCCUCUUAAAUGGGCAUUUGCCAGUGUCUGUUUCUAGUGUUCAGGGAAGUGUGUGAAACCAUGAAGCUCUACAUGGACGCAGCUUUUCCUUUCUGAGCUUUGUAAUCUGGCUGCUGUGACUGAAGGAACUUUACAAGGCAGGAGAAAAUAUGCUGCCAUUCUCUUUGUCCAGCUGCAUUUAUCUGUUUCCUGCCAUGGAGGUGUGCAUCCCACCCACCCACACACAGGCAGCAGUGUCACCUGUGAAUCUCACAGUAGUCUUUAGGAAACAGUGGAGUGUUGAAGCAAAAAUCUCCAGGGCCUGCCAUCCAUUCAUUUUCAUGUGUCUUUCCAUCUGUGAUUUGCCAGUGAGUUUAACUGUAGUUUGAAAGUUACCAUUUUUUAACUUUCUAAGAUGUCUUCAGGCCAGUAUUUCCUGGCUCUGUCGCUGUAAAAAGAUACCAUUCUCUAGGCUCAGAUUACAUAAGCUUGAAAAAAAUUUUGGAGUAAACUUCUCUGCAGGCACAGCAUCUUCCUACAACCUGUCAUUCUGAGAUGUGGCCAGGGUACAAAGCCCUUACUCUUUCAGAACAGGCUAUGACCAGAUUGUAUUUAUGACAUGGAUCAGGAAACACAGAUGGUGCUAUUGAUUACAGUGGUCCAAGUGAUUUCUAGCUGGUGUCAUGGAAAUUUCUGGAUAGGGUGGGUCAGCCAUGGAUGAUGUACAGCUGGAUCUGCUGUUCACUGAGAAGAGUUUAGUGAGGCAGUAACCACUGGCAGUUGUUGCUGUAAUGCUCAUGAAACAGUGGUGUUCAGCAUCCUUCGGGGAGCAAGGAAGGCAGUUAGCAGAGUAUGGAUGCUGGAACUGAGGUGAGCAUACUUGGGUUUAACCAGUGAACUCGUAGGUGUCAUCUCAUGGGAGGCAGCUCUGAAGGGGCAAGGACCUCCAGAAAGCUGGCAGCUCUUUUAAGUGCAGCAUUGGCCAAGCACAGGAGUGGUGCACAGAAAGACUGAUCAGGAGGUUCACUUGGCUGAACAGGAAACAGGGCUCUAGUGUGAAAAUGCAGCAUUCAAGGGUUGGAAGCAGGGACAAGCUACAAAGAAGGAAUCGAGAAGCAAGAGCAGACACGUAGGGAUGGUUUCAGGGGAAUCAAGGCUUGCCUAUAGUUGACAUUUGGAAGGGACAUCAAAGGCAACAACCACUGCAUUGAUAUGAAAAGCUGACAAGUAAUUACGGCAUCGUUGUUGAAUGAAGUAUAUGAAUUAGUGACAGCAGAGAAUUUCAGAAGGGAACCAAUAUAGUAGAUUCUUUCGUUGGUAGGCAGAGUAUUGGUGAGAGAGGAGAAACUGUCUUGUUGAAGAGAAUUUUACCUCAUAACAACCGGGAACUGAACUCUGUGCCUUUACUCCAGUAAGGUUCAAACCCAUGAGCAUAGGGAGAAAAUCUGUACUGGGAUGGUAAAAAGAGUAUCAGGUUAGAACAGAUUUUUCUUUACAGUGUGAUUGUAAGAAAAUCAGCUUGUGGUAAGGUGUCAGAGCUUCUGUGAAUACUCCUCAGGUAAGCUGCUUGACUCUGUGAAGACACCUGCUGGUACUACCUGCCUUUUUUGAACUUCUGUACUAGCCCAGGUCAACUGGUAUUUGUCAGAACAGUGUUGUACUUUGAUAAGAGAGCUGUGGCAAGUGAAUACUGUAGGAUAGUUUAGAUUGGGUAAGGUAUCUGUGAAGGUGUUUCAGCACACUUCAUCACUGACAUACUUUAGUAUGUUUGGUAGCUAACAAUUUAAAGGGCAUAAAGGUUAACAUUUUUCAGUCAUUUUUGUAGUCUAUCACAAACUGAAACUGUCGUUUGUAAGUUAUGUAUGUGGAGCUCUGAUCUUCUAAAUAUUCUUGCAUAGUUUUCUUCCUUAAAAAUAUCUCAGUGAAAUCAGUGAACAUAGUUAUGUGACCAGAGUCCGUUGACUGAAAUGGAUUAAGUGGAGGGGGAGAGGGAAAAUUCAUCAAGACUUAAACUGUAAUUAGAUUGGUCUAUAUACUGUGGUCCUUGCAGGCUAAGGAUCUCUCAAGAAAGCUGAGAUUGAAGUGUUUCUCAGGUCGUACCCUUGAAUGUGGCUCAUGUCAAAGUUGCCUGUCCCUGUAUAACUCAAGUGUUUUAUUAAUGCGCAGUCAGUGCACCCUUAGAGAGAGGUUUCUGUUCUUCAUAGCUGUACUUCAAAACUGAAGAAGAAACAUAUAGAAAUAACUUUUUUUAAAGGAACUUCAAUUUUCAGAGCAUUCUUACUGUAUUUGUAAAAAGCUUUCUAUGAAUGUGAUGCAGGUAAGCCAGUAGGCUAGCCUUAAAAACAAAAAGCAAGUUGCACAAUUUUUCAUUUGCAGCUUGUGAGCCUGAAGUCCUUACUUUAGUGUUUCUGCAAUGUGAUUGUUGUUCACAGUACCAAUAAGCCUGUUACAUAGGUUUAAAAAGGUUGUAAUGACAAGUCCUUGGAACUGUUGUAGGGUAGUAUGCCCUCCCUGUAAUUCUUUCAACUCUUGUGGUGCGGGGGGAUGUUGGAGGCACACAUGGAAGGAGUUAUAUCUAUUUGUAAUCCAAACUGAAGUCUGUAUGCCUUUAUACUGAAAAGUAGUUCUGCUCUGCAUUGGCAGAGGAAGCAUUCAUCUACUUUGACUUUGUA